AAAUACGAAUGGGUCUAGCGGGACAUCUACCUUCAUGAUAUUGUAAAUUUCAUUUUUAAUGCCUCCCCAGAAGCCAUGAAUUAUUGGGCAGUCCCAAAAGAUAUGCGCAUGAUCCCAAUUUUUUCCCCUAUUUCUCCGACACACUGCCAAUGAAGUUUCUUUCAUAUAUGACGAGAUGAUGAGGGGAGUAUUAAAUUAUCUGAUUUUUAUUUUCCAGUCAGCUCUUUCCAUAAUUGACUAUUGAUUCCUUGAUGACACUUUGCUCACAGAUCUUCCCAUACAUUAUCUUCAGUUGUAGUAUUUAAUUCAAAUUCCCAUUUUUUCAAGAUUUGCCAGGUACUUUGUGAACAUUUAACCAUUUUUAUUUAUUAUUAAUUAAUUAACAAGGACGAUGCACAAUACAUGUAUUGUAGUGUGUAAAGCCUCAUUUGUAGUUUAGUUUAGUUUAUUGGAUUAGUUGACAGGGACCAUGUACAGAACAGGUUCUAUAUCAGGAUUAGCUGAAUAGCUAAUUUGCAUCUGUGGUCCCUGGGCAGGAAGUUAAAAGGACAAUAAAACACAUACUAAACAUUACAAACAAUAUCAAAAACAAAACAACAGCAACAACAACAUUACAGAGUAAAACAUUGUACAAAAUACAUAAUACAUUUGGUGUUCAAUAUACAAAGAUCAAUGAUCGCAUGAUUGAUUCUCUUUUAAACAUGUCUCUUGACCCUUGGAGAAGGCCAAUGACAUAAUGUCCUCCAUAUAUAUGUAUACAUGACAUACGUGCUACAACCACAAGUCUAUAUUUUAAAGGAUUCAGUGUUACCAGAAUUUAAUUCCUGGUAGUGUGGACAAGCCUUCAUAACUGCAUUUAGACUUAAAAUUUUUUUUACAGGCAUUACAAUACAUCAGUGAAAUUUAAAGUAUGAAAAAUCAAAAUAUAUUCAUGUAUUUAUCAGACCUGUGACGUCAGUAGUUCAAAACGCAAAGAAACUAAAAAUUCCUGCAUGUCAUUAGGAUAAAAACUGCAGUAGCAUAUUCUGAAAAAUGCCUGAUAUGUCUUCUUUUUUCUUCUUUUUCCCACGUUGAAUGCACCCCUGUUCAAGUAAACACAUUGAUUGAUAGGCAAAACAACCAAUCACCAACCUCGUGACGUAAGACCAUCUUGACCAAUAGUUAUUCUAGAAGAGGCGGGCCUAUUACGGACACCGGCAGAUUAAUGCCUAGUGCGCCGUGUCAUCUUGGUACCGUUACACAUUGUCGGACCGGUUUUGGUAUUUUAUUCGGGUGGAAACGAGAGAAACGUGUUGCCAUCGUUACAGGACCAAUUUCCGGUAGUAGCUGUCUGCACGUGCAGUGUUGGAGAUGGACAAUAGACGCCUGUGCUGCCUUUAACUUCCAACAAUGAACGGAGGAAAAUCAAAGUAGACACUACGGGUUAAAUAUAUCUUGCUGUGUCUUUUUUCUAGUGACAGCUGACUAGCUCAAGGAUGGCAGGAAGUCCUGACCAUAAACAAGAUGAAGAGGGCCUCAGGGACACAGUGGUGCAUUUUCACAGCUACUUGCAUGGAGGGACCUCCAGCUUGCUAUCCACCCUCCCCACCCUCAUCGUCUUCCCUGUGUACAAAAUUGUGUUCCGUCAACAAAUCCACAACACCCCAGUUCACCAGGCAGUGGGACAACUCUAUAAAGAGGGACCUGUAAAGCUGUACAGGGGCGUGGCACCACCGUUACUGAUGAGGACCCUCAAUGGCACGCUGCUCUUUGGCCUUCAGGAUACCCUCCUCCACCAGCUCUCCCUGUCGACCCAAAAUGUCCUCUCCACCUCUGCCCUGCCUGCUCUGGCUGGGUUCGGUGCAGGUAUGGUAGAAGCUGUGGUUUUCACCCCCUUCGAGCGUGUCCAGAAUGUGUUGCAAAACGGCCAAAACGACCGCCAUCUACCCACCCUGAAGAGCGUUCUUGUCAGGCUGAAGGCCCAGACCCCAGCCCUGGGCUUCUACAGAGCCCUGCUGCCCAUCACAGCCCGCAAUUCUCUCGGCAGCUCCCUUUACUUUGGCCUGAAGGGGCCGGUGUGUGCUGUCGUGGAGGGACAGGGCCUGUCUCCGGUGGUUUCCUCCUUCAUCUCAGGGACGCUGACCUCCAUGGCAAUCAGCUUGACUCUUUACCCUCUGUCUGUGCUAGUGGCAAACAUGCAGGCGCAGGUGGGAGGGGAGGCGAAGGGGGUAAUGGCUUGUUGGAGGAUGCUGUGGGAAUCUCGGCAGCGGAGUGUGGCUCUGUUGUACAGAGGAGGUUCUCUGGUUAUUCUGAGAUCCUGCAUUACAUGGGGUAUCGCCACAGCUAUCUAUGACAGGCAGCAGAAACGUUCAGGGUGAAGGGACGCGGUUAAAAAAUGUUGGUUUGAUUGUAUGUAUUAUCUAUCAUCCAGAAAGCCGUGCAACUAUUUUACACUGAUUUUUGUUUAAGUGUAUUUUUCCCACUUGUGUUGUAGCCUACUCCUUAUCACAGCUAACUCUCACUGAUUUCCUGGUGAGUUAACAGCCAAUCAUGUGCGUCGCAGUGCACAAGGAAGUUGAAGGCACCACUGCAAGGACUUGAACUUCCGUCUCUGCAGUGGUGGGCGAGUAUUUAUCAUGAACCAAAGUUACAUAUAACAAUAAUAGAAAUAUGGUGCUGAAUCACAGGUGCCUUGUAUUUUUACUGUCUUGAAGGAGAACUUCUCCAUUUUAACUCAUUAAAAUCAGUUUACUCAUCAUAAGACACACUACUUAUGCUAUGAAAACAGUAUAAUGUCCUCUGUAGCUCUGGAGUAGCUUUGCUUUUUUUUCCAAGUAUGUUAGGGCAUUUCUGCUUUUAUGUACAUGUAGAAAGAGGAAAUGAAAGCAAAGAAAUGGGCCAUGAUGACUUCCAAAAAAGGUCACCAGCCGGACUCAAACAAGGGAAGUUGGAUAAUGUGAUCAGCAACUUAGAUCCCUCAGCCAUUAGGAAGUUCUCCGAACUCUGAUGUUCCUGUCAGGGUUAUCUCAGUUUGGAGAUUAUAACUUGUAACAGAAACCCCGUGUUAAAAUUGGGGGUGUUGAUUUUAACCAGCCAGGCAGGAUCUAACAAAACUGGUGUCAAUAUGAAAAAAAUAUCCAUAAUUUUAGGGUUGGACCCAUAUGAGGUAUUAAAGGUCAGCCUCUGCUUGAUCUUGAUCUGUCUUUUGGAGGUCCCCCAACGAAAGUGCCGUGGAAUUUCCUUUCAGGUACAUAAGGGAGAUGGAUGCAUGUUCAAGGGGAAUUGUCAAGACAUUAUUUUAUUAUUGGAUGAUAUAGAUAUUUCACAUGAAGCAAAGGACUAGAACAAGUAAGACAGAUCACAGUGGUCCUGGGCAAGCAUCUGUCUGCCAGGUGGGACCUUUCUGUGUGGAGCUUUGCAUGUUCUCCCUAUGUCUGCGUAGAUAUGCAGGAUACAUUAGCCAGAAACUAAUAUGCUAUGUAGCACUGUACUACCCAUCCAGGAUGAGUAAGUCAGUAGAUGGAAUAGAUAAAUUUGUUAAAUUCACAAUGUAGCCCAUUAAAUGAAACUGUAACUGUUUGACUGUGAAAGAAAAAUGUCAGGUGACUGUCUGUAACCUCAACAUAUGCCUGUGAAAUAAACACAGAAUAACACUAUGUAAUAAAUAUUGCUGAAUACAGGCUUAUUUCCCUCAAAGUGCAUUAAUAAAUUGAUAUUACUGGU